AUGGCCCCAAAUAUUGACAAAGAAGCUGAACAUAUCAAGAACAAAGCCAGAAAGGAUCUCCUCGGCUUACUCGAAGGCGUUCGAGGAAAGAAGAAUCUGGUCAUCGGAAGAGACUUGACAGGCUUGUUGAGUCUGUUCGUUCAAUUUCCAACCCUCAAGGAAUAUGGCGUAGACAAGGUUUUCGAACUUGAAAAUGGCAACACCGAUUCCUCGCAGAGGAAUAUCGUGUAUCUUGUGCACGGGGAGAAGGCACCCCUAGUCCAGGCUGUAGCAGAGCAGAUAAAGAAGCUUCAGAAGAAUGGCACGGUCGAGCAUGAGAUCUCGGUAAUAUGGGCACCAAGGAGGACGUUGGUCUCGAACAAGAUCCUUGAAGAUGAAGGCGUCUUGGGCGAUGUCAAUAUCUCAGAACUACCUCUUUACUUUCUGCCUCUAGAAGAUGACAUGCUUUCAAUGGAGCUGGAUGGAGCCUUCCACGAUUUAUACCUGAGACAUGAUCCCUCGCCACUAUAUCUCGCUUCGAAAGCUCUAAUGGCCAUUCAGCAGCGUCAUGGUCUGUUUCCGCGUAUUUUAGGAAAGGGCGACAACGCUCGAAAGCUAGCGAAUCUACUACUUCGUGGACGGAGAGAAUUGGACGCCGACGAAGCUGCAACACAGUACACAAGCAUGCCAAGUACUUCUAUUGAACAGCUCAUCAUCAUUGAUCGCGAUGUUGACUUUGCUACUACCCUUCUAACACAGUUGACCUACGAGGGUUUGAUUGACGAAAUGGUUGGGAUUAAACACAAUCGAGCAGAGGUGGAUUCGUCAAUAAUAGGAGCCGGCCCUCAACAGCGAUCGAACACCGGAUCAUCUUCAACGUCGCCGCCUCUAGCAGUUCGCCAAAGCUUGAAACGCAAAAUACAACUUGAUUCCUCAGACCCGCUGUUUGAACAGUUAAGGUCUUCUAACUUCGCUCUGAUCGGGCCCCAUCUAAACAAGAUUGCUCGACGUCUCGAAUCGGAGUAUGAAGGUCGUCACAGUGCUCGAGGGAUCAAUGAGUUGCGUGACUUUGUCAACAAGCUUCCAGGAUUUCAACAAGAGCACCAGUCUCUAGCACUCCAUACGAAUCUCGCCGACGACAUGAUGAAACAUACGCGGUCGGAGACAUUCAAUCGCGAACUCGAGGUUCAACAAAAUGUAGCUGCCGGGACGGAUCCUGUUUAUCAACACGAGACCAUAGAACAAUUAAUCGCACGAGAUGCACCUCUCAGCACCAUACUCCGCCUCUUAUGCCUAGAGUCUACCAUCGCAGGCGGACUUCGACCUAAAGAUUUGGAUUCAUUUCGGCGCCAAAUCCUGCACGCGUACGGGUUCCAGCAUCUUACCACUCUCGACGCGCUUGAAAAGAUGGAACUCCUCCAGCCCCGUUCUUCUGCAUCGGCACUACUACUCCCUGUCGGCGGUGGAGGAAACCAGGAAAAGGGUACGAAAACGAAUUACGCUUAUCUCAGGAAAGAACUUCGUCUCAUCAUCGACGAAUACAACGAGCAGGAUCCCGAAGACAUCGCCUACGUGUAUUCAGGCUAUGCUCCACUCAGCGUGAGGAUGGUGCAGUGUAUCCUGCAGAAACAAUAUCUCCAGGCGUUACACAAGUCGUCGUUGCCUCUGACGCCUUCCAGCACCGGCUGGACGGGCUUCGAGGACAUUUUGAAAUCGGCCCGAGGCCCAACAUUUAGUCUCGCGCAGAAAGCGACGGACGAGAAAGCCGCAAAGGCCAAGGCCGCCCUCGCUGGCACAGGAGGAUGGAAGACCGUCUUCGUCAUGUUUCUCGGCGGAAUCACCUUUACCGAAAUAGCUGCCCUCAGGUUCAUUGGUCGAAAGAUCGCCGAGUCCGGCCAGAGAAGGAAGAUAGUCAUUUGCACCACCGGGGUCGUCAGUGGAAGAAGCAUCAUGGACGGGGUCAUUGAGAAGGCGCAUCUGGGAUCAGGUAUUACUUCUCAGUAGCCCGAAGCGACCCGAGAACAGACCUGAUGUCAAGCGGGCAUUGCCGGGGUUUCGGAUGCAGCUGAGCC